CACUUUGCUCUCAACUGUUAUGGUGGUAGUCAAUACAAGCGAGAAAAGGAUACUUGCGGGGACUGCUGGAGAAAAGGGAAACAUUGGAAUCAAUGGAAGCAAUCAUGGAAAAGGCAAAACCUCUGCCUUCUGAAACAACGGAAAUUGAGCAACAGAACCCGGAAAGAGGACGAGGACCAUGCCAUCUUUCAAUGACUACAUGUGAUGAAACUCUACUCUUUCUUCUGCCCUGUCUCCAUACUGCCUGCAAACCAUGCAUUGACCAAACAGCACAAGAAAGAAGCUCUGUUCUCAAUUGCCCAUGUGGUCAAGCAUUUGACUUGGAGAAGAUAUCACCUGAUCAUGUCAGAAUGAACGAAGCUGCCUAUGUUGCGAGCAAUGUGGGAGAAAAGAAGUGUGGGUUCCUUUCAGGAGAUCAUGAUGAUCCUGCCAAAGUCUACUGCCAUGACUGUCAUGGCUAUCUCUGUUCAAAAUGUUUCACCCUACACAACACCAUCAGAUGUAAUAGCAAGCACCGAAUCCGAAAUAUGAAUUCAACAGAAGAUCGCCCCAUUAAAAACUGGCUAGGCGAGUCAUUUUGUACAGACCACUCUGACACUGAAGUGCAGUUGUAUGAUCACAGUUGUAGGAAACCUAUUUGCGUUGUUUGUUUGUAUGGGGCCCACAAGAAUCACAGAAAGGAUGACCUGAAGUGUCUUUAUGAUGAGACUAGGACAAUGCUAGGUGAUCACCUGGAGAAGCAAAAGUUAAAACUCAAAGAUAUCAAAGACAAAUUGAAAACAGUCACCUCUGAUUGUAAUAUGUUAACUGAAACAAGGGAUAAACGUGAAGCUGAAGCUCUCUCGGUGUAUGAGUCUGUUGCUGAAAGGCUCCAAAGAAGACAUACUCACCUUUUGCAAGAAAUCACCGAAAAUCUUAAAGACCCACUUUCUACGCUUCAAGAAAAGACAAUACAACUGCAAUCUGCGGAGGCUUCUUUAGAAUCAACAAUAGACUACACCGAAAGGGCACUGAGGUCAUCAAGACAAGAGGAACUCAUUGCCCUCAGUGAUACAUUGCAGUGGAAAAUGGGAGAAAACCUGAAGUCAUCAGAAAUCUCUUAUGGCGGAAUACCUCCCCCGGACUUUCAGCUCUACUUUCAAGGAAAGAAGGCCCUAGAAGAACUUAUAGACACAUUCGGGACCCAGGUCACGUGCCUUGCUGAUACAUCUUUAACAGAUGCACAGGCUACUAUUGGAGUUCUCCAAAUGGAAAGAAAUAUGCAGUCAGAGGAAAUCACUGAACUGAGAGGAAUGCUCGAAGCAAAGGAUGAGUUGAUUUCAUCACAAAAACAGAGAUGGAACAAGGUGAAAACAAUUGUGGCUCCCGACAGGAUAUAUUCAAUAGGAUCAACCAAUUUCAGAUUGUUUAUCUGUCCUGCACUUUAUCUGAAUGAUGCUCGAACCAACACAAACAAGUGCCAUGUAACUAAAGGCGCUGAGCUGGUCAACUCUCCACGCGCCUCCGGACAUGGAAGAAGACUAAGGCUAAACAAGUUUAAUGGCAUCUGUAUCUCCACACCUUUCCCAAUCCCUCCAAAACAAACCCCAUUCCAGAGCAUAACUCAAUACUGGGAGACAUGCUCAAACGUGGGUGUAGGCAGGGGAGUCUGGAGUAAGCCGAUUCUGGAGAUGGGGCUUGCAGAAUCAGGCAAAGUGGAUAGUGAGUCAUGGCUUUGUCAUCAGCUCCGCUCUUGGUGUGUUGGUGUCAGGAGCUGUGAUAGACACCGAGGAAAGAUCUGUACCCGGGUGCAUAAGGAGUGGGAAGAUGGUAAUUGCUGGGUUAGAACAAUGUCUGACACAACAGGCAACCAGGCCACCCUCCACUAUGGUAUUGUUCUGGAUGUGAACAGAAAGAGACUCGCAUUUAUUGAUUUGGACAGGGAGGUUGUUCUUGCCAAGUUUGAUGUCGAGUUCAGAGAGGCUCUCUUCCCAGUUUUAAGUGUGCUGCCGGAGUCGGAUUUCUACAGUGUAAGGAUGAAACUGGUCAGCGGCGAGGACAUCACCAUGACUGAGAAAAAGAAAUCUCUUAUUUACCAAGCGUUGUUGUGAACAUCGUAAUUAGCGCCUGUUGAAUCAAGUACUGUGCACAGGUUUGCCUUAAAGCUAUCUUAGCGCUGAGACAGGUAAUUUAUUAGGGAUGCUUCUUGCAGUCACUGUUGCUGGCUGGAAUCGAUUUUGUAGGUGUGUUGUUCGAAUCCAGUUGUCUUGUCGAUUAUUGG